AUGGUGUUGUCAGUGCGCCACUUGUGGAAGGACGGGUUGGUUGGAGAUUACGGAGUUAUUGCAUCUGCUACUACGAUUUCUGCCUAUAUAAAUUCCAUUCUAGUGCUUAACAGCUCCAACUUUAAGAGCUGGAAGGAGAACGUCAUGAUUGUUCUAAACUAUAUGAAUUUGGAUCUUGUGCUCUGGACAGAACGACCUCCCGCCCUCACAGAUACAAGGACCUUUGAUAUGAAAAGGGAUUUGGAGAGGUGGGACCAUUCUAAUUGCAUGAGCCUAAUGAUCAUGAAACACGAUGUUCUAGAAGCAUUUAGGGGCUCAAUGUCUAAUAAGGAUGAUGCUAAGGUAUUCCUUGAGGAACUACAUAAACAUUUUGCAAAAAAUGAAAAGGCUGAAAUAAGCAACCUUUUGUCUAGUCUUGUUUCAAUGAGGUAUAAAGGAUAA